AUGGGGCGUGUUAUGUUUGACAGCCACCUGCUGCCGCCGCACGCACCGCUGUCGACGCCCAAGCACGCUGCCGCUAACCGCGGCGCGGCUUCGUCGACGCGCUCUCAGCCGCAGACGACGCUGAUGUCGUCUCCGCCGCCGCCGCCGCCACCCCAGUCCCGGCCUCCGCCCCCGGUCUUCUCCGGACAGGGCAAGGUUGUGAUCAUUGUGGUCGGCGCGGUUGUCGGGCUUGCGCUCGUGGUCAUGGCCGUCGGCUUGGUCCUGUGUCUGCGCGUCCGCUCCGGACGCCGCGGCUACGACGAGCUGGCCGGCCGCAUCGACGAGGCUUCGCGGGAGGCGCCGACUCGGCACAACCCGCUCGAUUGGCCCCCGUCCACAACGCCGUACACCAAGUUUGACGCCGACUUUCGGCCGCUGCCCAAGUUCUGGCGCAUGGGAACCGAUCCCGCCAGCGGCAAGCCGUUCUACUUUCAGCGUCAGACCCGUGUUCGCUCCAAGCGCAGGCCCAAGAGCGUGUACAAGUAG